AUGGAAGAAACAAUCGCCGAGCUACGACGUCAGCUUGAGGAGGAGAGACAGGCGCGAGAAGAAGAGAGGAAGGCGCGAGAAGAGGCAGAGCGGCGAGUGCAGGCCAACACACUGUUUCGCCUUCUCGAUCGCUGUCACAACUCUUUAUCUCAAGCGAUCCGAGUUGAGACGGAUGCGACCCUCACGACCCAGGGCGAUGCGACCGACCCGGUGAACCGACUUUACCCCAAGCGCAUAGUCCCUUGGCUUGAUUUCCCUCAGCUCCAGGAGCAAGUCUGGAGCAAAUUCGACCGCACGGCUGCCUUUACCUCGCGCCCCCUCUUCCCUUCUGAUACCCAAAUAGAUUAUGUCGUUAUGAAUAUCCAGAACAAGCCGAUUUAUUCGGAAGCGUCCCUUCGAAAUUUUGAGCGAGACACGGUGGAUAAUUUUGUUGAAAUGGUUAUCAAGGCGUUGCGAGAUGAAGAAGUCUUUCGGCAUGAGUUUGGAAUCCAGGGUCAAGUCACCUUUUACGACCGCGCGAACCCAUCGGAAACUUCGCUGAAGAACAGCUUGGAGCAAAUGAAUCUUCAGGACGCGCGAACACCCCAACGACUCGCGAACACUAGGCCUGGGAGAGGCAGAGGAAGGGAAAGAGGAGCGGCACAGGGGAAAAAGAGGGAUGGCACUGCACGAAGACGCAAUCGUCGUGCCGACCAGUUCUGCGUGCACCUUGUGGCUGAUGAACGACAAAUACCAGUAUAUGCGGUGGAGUUCAAAGCGCCGCAUAAGGUGACAAUCCCCGAAUUGGUGGCGGGUCUACACCAGAUGGAUCUAGCUCGCGAUGUCAUUAACCAGGAAGGAGACACGUUUGAGUUUUAUGCCACCUGCCUCGUCGCCGCUGUGGUCACUCAGAUAUUCUCAUAUAUGAUCGACAGUGGGGUUCAAUACGGCUACAUCUGCACGGGGGAGGCUUUUGUUUUUCUCCAUAUCCCGGACGAUGAUCCCACAGUUGUUCAAUAUUUCAUGUGUAUCCCGAAUCAGGACGUGCAGGCGGACGAUGAAUUGCGCCUCCACCGGACCGCCAUCGGUCAGGUGCUUGCAUUCACCCUCCAAGCGCUAGCCGCCGAAGCUCCGUCUCAAGAGUGGCAUGAUGCGGCACACGAUAAGCUAAGGACCUGGGAGGUCGAAUACCUGGAUGUGUUGAGAAAAAUCCCCGAGACUCUCCGUAAAGACCGACGAGCCUCCAAUUAUCGACCCUCGCACUGGAAACUAGAGCCGAAGACGCACAAUACACGAUCCCGUGCUCGCUGCAAACCAGACAUGUCUACUCCAAAGCAUUCGUCGACCGAAGGCAGCGGCAGUGAUGAAGAAUCGCAUUCGCCAUCCAUCGCUGCAGCGGCUCGCAGCAGGUCGAGCCGCGGCCGAGGGAACAACCGCCAAUCAACUAAGGAAAGCGAAAGCAGACGAGCCGGUCGGGACAACAAACAGACCUCUCGAAAAGAUGGGCAAUCUACACGACCCUACUGCACAAUUGCCUGCAUCCGCGGCAUCGUCAACCGAGAAUCUCUGGAUAAAGAAUGCCCCAACUGGAAACUCCACGGCGGCCAGAGACACUCUAUAGGGCCGCAGGAGUUCACACGACGGCUUCACUGUCAACUUGCCAGAAACCGAAACCAUGGGUUUGAACAACUUCACGUCUGUGGUCGGACAGGUUACCUCGUCAAAGCUACCCUUCUAUCACACGGGUACACUGUUGUCAUUAAAGCUACCACAAUGGAGAAGCAGCAUCGCCUUCAAGCGGAGGCGAACAAUUAUCGUCACCUCAGGAGCUUGCAAGGAAAUCAGAUCCCCGUCUGUCUUGGAUCCUUUCAGCCACGGGUCGCGUAUUGGUACCAUGGUGAAUUAAUUGCCCAGAUGAUGGUCUUGAGCUGGUCAGGAUCGCGACUUCAGCAUAUAAUCAAUGAUGAGAAUUCCAGUUCCUUCGAUCAGGAGCGCAAGAAAGUUCUGACCGUGCUCCGGUCACACGGAGUUGUCCACAAUGAUAGUGAGUGGCGCAAUAUGUUGUGGGAUGACCUCAGUGGCCAGUUAAUUGUCAUUGACUUGGAGGAUAUGAAAUGGUUGAAGCGCCGUCGGAUUCUUGAAUCAACUUCUGGCAAUAUCUGGCGUGGUCAUCGCGUCGGCGCGGGGAAAGCAAGCAAAAGCUCUUGUCUAGCUUGA